ACAGUUUGGAGAUCUGAUCCGCCACCCGAGGAGUGGAGUACGAUGUCGGGCUUGUUUUGUCGAAGUUUGUACUCUUUCCCCGGGGAUCAGCACCAGCAGGGACUGAGGUUCGAGGCUGGAGAGCUGAUCCGAAUCACGCAAGCUCUGGACGGAGGCUGGUGGGAGGGAGAGAAGGACGGGGUCAAGGGAUGGUUCCCUUCAAAUUACGUGCAGCUGGAGGUGAGACCUUCAUCAUCAUCAUCAUCAUCAUCAUCUCAGAAGCUGUCCUCGAUGUCUCCUCUGGACGAGCCGCUGCCCAGAGACUGGAAGUGCUACAUGUCACCGCAGGGACGCAGAUACUACGUCAACACCGUCAGCAACGAGACAACAUGGGAGCGUCCGUCCAUCUGGCCUGACUGCUCACAAACACCGGUGAAACACAAGAGCUCGGUCCUGACAGUGAAUGGAUUUCAUGAUAAUGGCGGUCUGUUGCAUCAGACUGAGCCGUCACAUGUGGUUCUGCGGAAGACCAGCACAGAUUCACAGAGCGCUGUCUCGACGUCACCCAGCCGGACGCAGGAGUGUGAAUCCACAGUGACUAUCAACAGUGUGACGUUUCCUCUUCCACUGCACAUAUCUGAACAGCAGCUGCUCAAACCAGACGAGUGGAGCUACUGCGAUUAUUUCUGGGAGGACAGAAAGGACCCGCAGGGGAACACCAGCAUAUCAGGAUUCGAGGUUCUGCUGCAGAAACAGCUGAAGGGAAGACAGAUGCAGAAAGAGAUGGCUGAGUUUGUGCGGGAGAGGAUCAGGAUCGAGGAGGAAUACGCCAAGAACCUGUCCAAGCUGUCUCAGAUCCCGCUGGCGGCGCAGGAGGAAGGCACGCUCGGCUCAGCUUGGGCUCAGCUGAAGAAGAGUCUGGCAGAUGAAGCAGAAGUUCAUCUCAAGUUCUCCUCCAAGCUUCAGAGUGAGGUGGAAAAGCCUCUGCUGAUAUUUCGGGAAAACGUCAAGAAGGACAUGAAGAAGUUGGACCAUCACAUGGUGGAUCUCAGGAAGCAGCUGGCGAUCCGAUCCGCCGCCGUAGAGAAGGCACGGAAAGCCCUCGCCGAUCGGCAGAAGGAUCUGGAGUUAAAAAGCCAGCAGCUGGAGAUCAAACUGAGCAGUAAGAUGGAGGAGGACAUGAAGAAGGCUCGCAGGAAGUCCACACAGGCCGGAGAUGAGCUGAUGCGAUGUGUUGACCUCUACAAUCAGUGCCAGUUCAAGUGGUUUGAGGAGAUGGUGACCAGCAGUCUGGAGCUGGAGCGUCUGGAGGUGGAGCGUGUGGAGAUGAUCAGACAGCACUUGUGUCAGUACACCACCCUUCGACACGAGACAGACAUGUUCAGCCAGAGCACCAUCGAGCCGCUGGACAGACUGCUGCGGAGCGUGGACCCGGCCAGAGACAGAGAGCUGUGGGUCAGAGAACACAAGACGGGCGAGCGGAGACCUGUGGACAUCAACAUCUGACUCCAUCAGACUCGCCUCGCUCUCCUGAAGCGCUCUCUGUCGUCCUACUGAGGGACUGACCUCUCCACGACCCUCUGGAGACUAAUCCAGCGGAGAACCAGCAGGACUUGAGGAACAGCCCAGCUCAUAUACUACACCCUUCACUAGAAGAACAACACAAGUGACUCCUGAGAACAGAUGUGUGUGUCAGACUCCUGCCCAGAGCAUUCAGCACUGAUUGAACUGAGUUCAUACAGAGAGAGCUACAGAUAAUAUACUGAAAUGAUUCUGCACAAUGCUUAUUUUUAUACCAAAUCAGUUAACAGCUUUUCUAAAUGAUUGUCAAUAUGUAUAAACUGGAUUUCAGUGUUUUAUUUUCUGAAGGUCAGUCUUUUUCGAUUAUACAAAGAUGUAAAUGAAGAUUAAAUGCUGAUUUUAAUUGAAUGUUUUCUGUAAUAUAAAUGACAUUAAAUUGAAUGUUUAAGUAAA